AUGCGCGACAAGCAGCGCGGCCAACCCGCGUACGCCUUCCUCGAGGCGGGCGGGGAGGGCGCGGACUACUAUCGUUUCCGCCUCUGGUGUGCGCUCUCUGGCGCGGGGGGUGCGGGGGGGGCGGAGGCGGCAGCUUGGACCGAGGUGAAGGGGGCAGCUGAAGGGCAGGCGGAGCACGCCGCGGGGAAGCAGGGGGAGGCCGACGGGGAGCAGGGCAGCGCGGAAGUGAAAAUAGAGGGGGAGCAGGAGGGGGAGAAACAAGCAGCAGAGGGCGCGCCGGGCGCGCAGCAGGCGCAGACCGGCUCUGAAGCCCCUCCCGCGGUCCCUCUCCCCGCCAAUUCCACCCCUCCGCUUCCCCCGGAGCCCCCGCAGCCCCCCACGGCGCCCCCCCCAACGGACCCGGCGGACGUGGCGCUAGCGGCGGCGGUGGCGGCGGCGGGGCUGCCGGCGGACGUGGGCGGCGAGGCGGUGGCGCUGCUGGCGGCGCUGAGCGGCACCAAAGAGGCCAUCAAGGGCGGCAAGGCGUGGGUGGCGUGGCGCGCCGGCAUGGGGUGGGCGCCACACAUCGCGUGGGUGCUGCGGGAGCGCAUGGCGGCGCUGGCAGGGCAGCCGGAGAGGCAGCUGCAUGUGAUCUACCUCGUCAACGACGUGCUCUUCAACAGUCUACAGCAGAGGCCACACCCGGGGGCGGUGGACGCGGUGGCAGCAGCACUGCAGCCGUGUUUGGGCUUCAUGCUGGCAGCACUCUUCCACAGGGGGGGCGACGCGCAGAGCAGCAACCAGGAGCGGCUGGGGAAGAUCCUGGCGUUCUGGGCGAGCAAGGAGGUGUACCCGGGGGAGACCAUGGCGCACCUGGGCGCGCUCAUGCGCCUGCCGCCCCACCAGCACCCCCCCAUGCCGCCGCCGCCGCCUGUGCCUGCUAUGGACUACCACGCUGCAGGCGAGUGGAUUGGAGCGUUGGUGCUGAGAGUGGGAGUGGGAGUGAGUGCUUUGGCGUGUGUGAUUCAAGCUCUCUUUGGCUUGCACCCACCCACCUAUUUCCCUUCUAUCUUUUGUGUUGCUGACAUUGUUUCCCCUUUCCUGUGCUCCCCGUCCCCCCUCUCAACCCCCAUUGCAGUGGCAUACCCAUCUGCCGCACAGCCAUAUCCUCAUAGCGCACCCAUGCAGCCCCACGCCCCUCCCCCACCCACAUGGCCCCCUCUCCCACCGCACAUGCCGCCCAUGCCGCACGAUGCAGCAGCCCCUGCCUCUGCACCCGUGCCCGCCACCCCCCCUUCCUUCCCACCCCCCCCUGCCCCCGCCACUCAACCCCCACACCAGCCCUCGCCCGCACCACCCCCCAGCGCCCCCCCCGAGCCACAGCCCCCUGCCUCAGACGCGGCCCCUGCUGCCCCCGCUCCUCCACCCGCUGAGAAGCCCCCAUACCCGCUGUUCCCGCCGGGGCUGAUCCCGGGCAUGGUGCGCAAGAAGCAGGUGGGGUCGGGCGUGCCGUACGCACCCAUGGCGCCGCACGACAUCCCCUCCUCCAUCCCCCCGCCCCACGAGUCCGAAGAGUACCUGCGGCGCCGCAUCGCGCGCUUCUUCAAGGCCAUUGGGGAGAAGGACCCCCUGGCUGAGGGGGACGAGGACGAGGAGGAGGACGCGGAGGAGGCGGAUGGGGGCCGGGGGAUUCUUGGGGCGGGCAUUGGGAAGAGAGGGCACGGGCAUGGAGGGCAUGGGCGCUGCAGACGAGCGAAAAGAGCGGCAAUGGCGGCGGCGGCGAGCAAUCCGUCGAGCACGGUGACGAACAUCUCGGAGUUCCAGUGCUUGGCGAAGGAGAAGCUGCCCAAGCAGGCGUACGACUACUACGCGUCGGGCGCCGAGGACCAGUGGACGCUCGCCGAGAACCGCAACGCCUUCGAGCGCAUCAGGUUCCGGCCGCGGAUUCUGAUCGACGUGUCGAGCGUGGACACGACGACGAGCGUGCUGGGCCACCGCAUCUCCAUGCCCAUCAUGCUCGCGCCCACCGCCUUCCAGCGCAUGGCGCACCCCGAAGGCGAGCUCGCCACGGCCCGCGCGGCAGCUAAAUUCGAUACCGCCAUGGUGCUGUCGUCGUGGGCGACGAGCAGCGUCGAGGAGGUGGCGUCGGUGGGUCCGGGUCUGCGCUUCUUCCAGCUCUACGUGUACAAGGACCGGCAGGUGGUGGAGCAGCUGGUUCGGCGCGCGGAGCGGGCGGGGUUCAAGGCCAUCGCGCUCACCGUCGACACGCCGCGCCUCGGCCGCCGCGAGGCCGACAUCAAAAACAGGUUCGUGCUGCCGCCCCACCUCACGCUGAAGAACUUCGAAGGACUGAACCUUGGGAGCAUGGAUAAGUCACAGGAGUCGGGGCUGUCAUCAUACGUGGCGGGUCAGAUCGACCGCUCGCUCAGCUGGAAGGACAUUGCAUGGCUCAAGUCCAUCACAUCGCUGCCCAUUCUCGUCAAGGGCGUCAUCACAGCAGAGGAUGCGGAGAUAUCGAUAGAGUACGGGGCGGCGGGCAUCAUAGUGUCCAACCACGGUGCGCGCCAGCUCGACUACGUCUCCGCCACCAUUUGUGCGCUCGAGGAGGUGGUGAAGGCAGCGCGUGGGCGGGUGCCGGUGUUUCUCGACGGUGGGGUGCGGCGCGGCACCGAUGCACUCAAGGCACUUGCUCUCGGCGCCGCGGGUGUCUUCGCGGGGGUGGAGAGGCUGCUGGGCAUCCUCAAGGACGAGUUUGAGCUCGCCAUGGCGCUCGCCGGCUGCACGCGCGUGGCGGACAUCAAGCGCUGCCACGUCGAGACCGAAGAGGACCGCCUGCGCAAGGCCAUCACCUCCCGCCUCUGA